AUGCCGGGGCCGUGCCGGUGCCCGCCGGGGCGGUGACCCCCCCCAGGGCAGCCCUGCCGAGCCGAUCACCACAGCUGGGGUGGAGGAUGGCCAAGCGGCUGCUGGUGGCCUACGGGCUGUGGGCGCUGGGGGGGCCACUGGGGCUGCACCACCUCUACUUGGGCCGGGACAGCCACGCGCUGCUGUGGAUGCUGACGCUGGGCGGCUUCGGCGCCGGCUGGCUCUGGGACUUCUGGCACCUCCCCGGCUGGGUGGCUGCCGCCAACGGGGCCGAGGCAGCCAGGGACCGCGGUGGGACCGUGCCGGCCCUCAGCCCCCUGCGCCUGGUGGGGCAGGUGACGGUGGGGAUGUAUUUUGGGCUGGUGGCAGUGCUGGGGCUGCCCUGGGUGCCAGUGCUGCUGGCGCAGCCCCUGGCUGUGGGUCUGGGGGUGCAGCUGGUCUCCUCGGUGGGAGACCAGACGGCGGAGGCACCCAGCAUCCUGGCCGCAGCCUUCCUCGCCUCCCUCCUGUUCCAGGGCCGGGUGCUGGCGGUGCUGCCCGCCAGCCUGGCCGCCAGCAUCGCCGCGCAGCGGCACCGGCGCUACAAGCCCCGGGGGGUGCCGCAGCCCCGGCUGGCCGCCCGGCUCUACCACCUGGGGUUGGCAUGCCUGGCCUUCGCCGCCCCGCUCGCCUGCCGCGGGCUCUGCGGUGCCAUGGGGGUGCUGGGCACCCUCCUGGCCCUGCCCCGUGCUGCCACCGAGCUCCUGCUCCUGCCCCUCCGCGCCGGCCGGCUCCUGGCAGAGCUCCUGGGCUUCGCUGGGGGCUCUCCGGCACAGGACGGUGGCACCGGCUUCAAACCAAGCAGCUGGAGCGAGCGGCAGCAGUGGGCGUACGAGGUCCUGGGCCUGCCGGCGGGUGCCUCUACCGAGGACAUACACCGGAGCCACCGGGAGCUGGUGAAGCUUUGGCACCCAGAUCACAACCGGCACCGUGCCGAGGAGGCCGAGAGGCGCUUCAUUGAGCUGCAGGAGGCCUACGAGGAGCUGGCGGGGCCCAGGAGAGCGGCGGCAGGGUGAUGCCGGCAGCCCCCGCUGCACCGGGGACCAAGAGGGGCGGCGGGGGGAUUUGUAAACACACGGUUUCCCUCUC